GCCACAGUCGCUCCCAGCAGACAUUGCAGAAGCAACGGCGCGCGCGGACUCGGCCGUGAGCUGUUUUCGUCACCUCUUAGUUCUGACCCUACAGCGCUCCCUAUUCCCUCUCUUCUACCCCUAGUUGCCCCGUACCCUUCACCUCGGUUCACACAGAUACCUCCCCCACCUUGAAUUCCGCCUCCCCCAUCCCGAUUCCCUCAGCAGAAGGGAUAAAAGAAUCGACGCGCGGCUGCAUUAAGCCAACACGCCUUCGGUUGCCUUUAGAGUAAAGGCAGACUGACUUGCCCAGAAGUGGGCCUGAGCCUCUACUAUGGGUGACAGUGAUGAUGAAUAUGACCGUAGGCGAAGGGACAAGUUCCGAAGAGAACGAAGUGAUUAUGAUCGUUCAAGAGAAAGAGAUGAGAGACGGAGGGGGGAUGACUGGAAUGAUCGAGAGUGGGACCGUGGACGAGAUCGGAGGAGCAGGGGAGAGUAUCGUGACUAUGAUAGAAAUCGGCGUGAACGCUUUUCUCCACCGCGCCAUGAACUCAGUCCUCCCCAAAAACGAAUGAGACGAGACUGGGAUGAGCACAGCUCUGACCCAUACCACAGUGGCUAUGAGAUGCCUUAUGCCGGGGGAGGUGGAGGCCCAACUUACGGCCCUCCUCAGCCCUGGGGCCAUCCAGAUGUCCACAUUAUGCAACAUCAUGUACUGCCCAUCCAAGCCAGGAAUGGGGCUGCUGGCUACCUUGGCCCCCCAUCCCCCCACCCUCUUCCCCCCCAACCAAGACCCCCCGACCGGGCCCCCCCCAGGCUGGGCAGCAUCGCAGAAAUCGACUUGGGUGUUCCACCACCUGUUAUGAAGACCUUUAAGGAGUUUCUGCUGUCACUGGAUGAUUCUGUGGAUGAAACAGAAGCUGUUAAACGAUACAAUGAUUACAAGCUGGAGUUUCGAAGGCAGCAGAUGCAAGACUUCUUCCUGGCUCAUAAAGAUGAGGAGUGGUUUCGGUCCAAAUACCACCCUGAUGAGGUGGGGAAGCGUCGGCAGGAAGCCAGAGGAGCCCUACAGAACAGACUUCAAGUGUUCCUAUCUCUAAUGGAUAGUGGCUGGUUUGAUAACCUCCUCUUGGACAUUGACAAGGCUGAUGCCAUCGUUAAGAUGCUGGAUGCAGCUGUGAUUAAGAUGGAAGGAGGCACAGAACAUGAUCUUCGCAUUCUGGACCAGGAAGAAGAAGAAGAGCAAUCAGGGAAACCUGGAGAAUCUGGCAAGAAAGAAGAUGGACGGGGAGGUUUAGUGCUCCCUGACGGGGAACGAAAAACUGAUAAGGAUGACAAAGAAGACAGCAAACAGACUGAGAAUGAUAGUCUGUCUGAAGAUAAAGCCAAAAAACCUGAUGGUGAUGGGGGAAAAGAUGAGAAGAAAGAAGAGCCUGAGAAAGAAACAAAAAAGAGCAGUAAGAAGCGAAACCGGAAACACAGUGGGGAUGACAGCUUUGAUGAAGGCAGUGUGUCUGAGUCUGAAUCUGAGUCAGAGAGUGUUCCGGCUGAGGAGGAGAAGGAUGAGGCUGAAGAAACUGCCAAGGAGAAGGAUAAGCCCAAAGAGGAAGAUCGAGAAAAACCUAAAGAGAAGCCCAAGGAAACACUUGGACUAGAAUUCAAACCCCGACCACUACACAAGACUUGCUCUCUCUUCAUGCGCAACAUUGCACCCAAUAUCCCUCGGGCUGAGAUUAUCUCUCUGUGUAAGAAAUACCCAGGCUUCAUGCGUGUGGCUUUGUCAGAGCCCCAGCCUGAGAGGAGAUUUUUCCGUCGGGGUUGGGUGACUUUUGAUCGAAGUGUUAACAUCAAGGAAAUUUGCUGGAACUUGCAAAAUAUCAGGCUUCGGGAAUGUGAACUGAGCCCUGGUGUGAAUCGAGACUUAACUCGACGGGUCCGUAAUGUCAAUGGCAUCACUCAACACAAACAAAUUGUGCGCAAUGACAUCAAGCUGGCUGCCAAGCUGAUUCAUACUCUGGAUGAUAGAACCCAACUUUGGGGGGCUGAUUCUGGGACCCCUCCCUUGCCUACGAGCCUGCCCUCUCAGAAUCCAAUUCUGAAGAAUAUUACUGAUUACCUGAUUGAGGAAGUGAGUGCUGAAGAGGAAGAGCUGCUGGGGAACAGUGGAGGGGGACCCCCUGAAGAACCUCCCAAGGAGGGGAAUCCAGCUGAAAUUAAUGUGGAACGAGAUGAAAAGCUACUCAAGGUUCUUGACAAACUCCUUCUGUACUUACGCAUUGUGCACUCUCUGGACUAUUACAACACUUGUGAAUAUCCCAAUGAAGAUGAAAUGCCCAACAGAUGUGGCAUCAUUCACGUUCGAGGGCCUAUACCCCCAAAUCGCAUCAGCCAUGGUGAAGUAGUAGAAUGGCAGAAGACAUUUGAGGAAAAGCUGACACCCUUGUUGAGUGUUCGGGAGUCUUUGUCAGAGGAUGAAGCCCAGAAGAUGGGACGAAAAGACCCUGAGCAAGAGGUGGAAAAAUUUGUCACUUCCAAUACCCAGGAACUGGGCAAAGACAAGUGGCUAUGCCCCCUCAGUGGCAAAAAAUUCAAGGGCCCUGAAUUUGUACGGAAGCACAUCUUCAACAAGCAUGCUGAAAAAAUUGAGGAAGUAAAGAAGGAGGUGGCCUUUUUCAACAACUUCCUUACUGAUGCCAAGCGGCCAGCACUGCCUGAGGUCAAGCCAGCUCAACCACCUGGUCCCGCUCAAAUAAUUCAUGUUCCGGUCCGUGCUGUACUCCCCCCAGGCCUGACAGGACUUCCCUACCCACAUCAGACGCCCCAGGGCCUGAUGCCUUAUGGUCAACCUCGGCCACCUAUCCUUGGCUAUGGAGCUGCAGCUGUCCGUCCCACAGUCCCUACAGGAGGACCCCCAUAUGGUGGCCCCCAUGCUCCAUAUGGUGCUGGCCGUGGCAACUAUGACUCAUUCCGGGGCCAGGGUGGUUAUCCUGGGAAACCUCGAAACCGGAUGGUUCGUGGUGACCCAAGGGCAAUUGUGGAAUACCGGGAUCUGGAUGCCCCUGAAGAUGUUGAUUUCUUCUGAACAGUAUCCCUUCUCCCAAGUGCUGUAUCUAUAAUUCCCUCCCCCUUUCAAAUCCAAAAUAAUUUUUUUGUAUGUUCAGCCCUACUGCCAAUAAACAGCUUUCCAUAUGAUUGAGGCAA